AUGGAAACCGAGGCUGUGCGUUCUGUUGUGGUCAUGCUGCCUCCCAAGAACUGCCUCCCGAGGAACUACAGCUGCAUAGCUGGGUUGUUCGGGAGCUUGACAGCAGACCCGAGACUAGAAGACGAAGAGGGGAUGGAGCUGAACGGAACAAGCGAGCCCAUCGAGAUGCACCAUGUGGUGGAUGAGAGACCAAGAGGCCGGGAAUCCUUCCUCAAACCSCCGCAGAGUCCGAACCUGCGCCGGAGGUGCAAGUCUCUGCCGACCCCCAUAGAGAGAGCGAAGCUUGAGAUCUCCCGCAGCCGGAGUCCCUGCAGCCAGAAAAAGGUCCGUUUCGCCGACUCUCUGGGUCUGGAACUCACCUCUGUGAAGCACUUCAAUGACACAGACAUGCCCGAUGUGCCGGAGCGCAUAAUGGCCAGAUUCGACAGGGGUCCCCUCCAUCUGAACCCCUUUGACAAGUUCCCCAGGGCACCGACCAMCCAGUCAAGUUUUAUGGAGCUGCAAUUCAAGAACCCCGGGACCCUGCCAGGCUUUACUGAGAAAGUGAAAGAAGUGAGAGUGUUGUUGGAGUGUGCUGAAGCMGACGAGUUCACUCUGUCGGGCGUCGUGCGGGUUUUGAACAUGGCUUUCGAGAAAAGUGUCUAUUUGAGGUUCUCAAUCAACAACUGGAUAACCUUUAUGGACAGUCUGGCAUCAUAUAUCCCAGAAUCAAGCGACGGUGUGACAGACAAAUUCUCCUUUAAGAUAAUCACCCCAACAACGUUUCUGGAGAGCGGAGGCACAUUCCAGUUUGCCAUWAGAUACUGCGUUGGUGGAGAUGAGUAUUGGGACAAUAAUAACGGGGUCAACUAUAAAGUGCGACGCCACAGGUUUAAGAUUUCUCCACCCCGUGAGUGGGAGGAUGGCUGGAUUCACUUCAUCUAA